AUGAACCACCCAAGAAGAGGGGGGAAAGCUCUUCUUUCUUGUGACGUUCCGCCCAAAAUCAUCCCCAAGGAAACUCUUUUACAGGCACUGAAACGUGUGGAAAACGCGAUUAAGAAACAUGGAGAUGACUCACUGCGAAAGCGAUUAGAAAACUUGCGCGGACAAGUCCAAGAUCUUUUGGAAGAUCAGGAAAAAGAAAAUAAAAAUCUUUGGGACGAAAUAAACAGUUUAAAGAAGGAAGUGGAAAACCAGAAAACCGAAAAUGAAAAGCUACAAAAGGAGCUCGCUGUAGGUGAGGCAACACAGUUGUUUCAAGCGCAUUUGGCAAGAUUUGUAGUCGAUUCUUCAGAGAAGAUCUACCCAAGAGGUACGUUUCAUCAAAUGGAAAAGUAUCUGAGGAGAUUAAAGAACCCGACAGGCAAUCGGUGGACUGAAAUAUAACGUAGAUUAACAGUUUGGACAGACGAACAUCAGGAAGUAGUAGACAAUGUAAAAAUUGGAAGGGAUUGCAAAGCACAUCCAUAUUUAACCGAUCUUGACCUCGUAGAAUCUGAAAUAGAAGAAACGAUGUCUCCUGAUUGGAAAACAUGAUGAAAGAUAUGUUGGACAUACUUAAGAUGACAGCAAGUCUAAUGAAGUUUGGACGACUGGCGAAGCGUUACGAGUGGGACAGGCAUCUACCCUUGUUUCAAAAAGCGCGCACAAGUGUACUGAACGAGAUAAUUUCAUGGGAUCGUAAUUUUGAACAAAUCAAAGGUCUACAAAAUAUAGAGCACGAUGAUGCGAAAGAGUAUUUAGCAAAGUACGUCAGCAAUCGUCGUACAAUCGAUCACUACUAUUUCAUCGAUCACUACUAUUUCAAGGAAACAGCAAACGUUUCGGAAAACUGGCCUGGGAGUUUAAAGAAAGUUUACCUAAUUUUGAUGCAAUAUCCAUUGAGCAUGGCGAAGCGCUGGAGGAAUUAAAAAAAUUGCUCCCAAAUCCAGGUAGCGAAGACAACGUAACAGUUCUAGAUUACGACAUAGCCAAGUUGCAUAUACCCGACUUCCUACCAAAGCGUUUGUGGAAACAUGGUAUCGAAAUCGUGGAGAACUAUGAAACUAAAGUCCGGAUCUAA